AUGAGUUUUCAUUCUUUAAGCUCUAUAUUAUACCCUUCAAAUGACUACAAAUACAUUGGUAAUGAAAGUUGCAUUGACCUUCAAACCGACGACAAUUUCCUCUCUAACAUUAAUCAUAAGUCUCUAGCUUCUUCCAAUAAAAAGAAGAUGAGAAGCCCUAUUAGAAAUAGGGAGAAGAAGAGAGAGUUUCCUCCUCCUAUACCUUGCCUAGCUCAAACUCAAAACCUUGCUUCUCACAUGUCAUAUGUGUUGAUAAGAUACUACACUGACGAGGGAAGGUUGAUCAUCAAGGAACAGAGAGUGAAACAUCAUGAGUAUUUUCAUGCACACAGAGAGAAUGGUAGACUCACCUUGCAGCUUGUUCCACUUGGUCACGAUGAUGACGACGACUAUUUCAUAGAAGCAGAUGAGCAAGACGAAGAAGAAGAAGAAGAAGAAGAAGAGAUUAACAAUGUUACUAUGGAUGAUGAUUUGGAAGAAGAAAGUGUGGGCAACACUCAAAAGAAUGUUCUUGUUAAUGAUGAUGGUGAGGUUGUUGUGGAAAAUGAGAAUGAGAUAGUUGGGAGCGCAAAUAGUAAAGGAAAUUAUUUGAACUGCAACAACAAUGUUAUAUCUUCGUCUCCUUCUGGAAUAUUUGGGGUACUUCCCAUGCAACCUAUAAGAACAAAUCGUGGUUGA